CAAUCCGAAGCACAAUGUGUGGAUCACGUUCGUCUGACAGACCUGCUCUCUGCUCCUAUCCUGCUCUCUCACAGCCUGCUGCUUUCCAGUAAGUACUAAAGGGUCACACAGCCUUUUCAACUUUUAGAUGUUAAGAAGGGAGAGAUGUGUCUGCUGGUUGAAUAACUCACCAGGACUUAUGAAUGAAAACACAUCACACACAACGAGGAAAGAGAGAGGCAGAGCACGUUAUUGCGUUUGGAGGUUCCUGUCCUGGUGUAACAGGCAGACCAUAAUGGUGGCAUUCAAAGGGAUCUGGACCAAAGACUUCUGGAGGGCUGUGUCUGGAGAAUACCUGGCCACUCUCAUCUUUGUCCUUCUCAGUCUGGGCUCCACCAUCAACUGGGCUGCAGGGGAGGAGAAGCCUCCCCCAGCUGACCUAGUCCUUAUCUCCCUGUGCUUUGGCCUGAGCAUCGCCACUAUGGUGCAGUGUUUUGGCCACAUUAGUGGUGGACACAUUAACCCGGCAGUCACUGCAGCAAUGGUUGUAACUAGAAAGCUAAGUCUGGCAAAAGGAUUCUUCUAUGUGGUGGCUCAGUGCCUGGGAGGUAUUACAGGAGCUGCGAUCCUUUACCUAGUCACACCUGCUGCUGUUAGAGGGUCAUUCGGUGUGACCACGGUGAACUCCAACAUCUCAUUAGGACAUGCCUUUCUUGUGGAACUCCUUAUCACAUUCGAACUGGUCUUCACCAUCUUCGCCACCUGUGAUCCCAAACGCACAGACCUAGGAGGUUCUGCUAGCCUUUCAAUCGGCUUUGCUGUAGUUAUUGGUCACUUAUUUGCAAUCCCUUAUACAGGAGCCAGCAUGAACCCUGCUCGAUCCUUUGCUCCUGCACUGGUCACACUCAACUUCGAGAACCACUGGGUAUACUGGGUGGGGCCCAUUCUGGGGGGCAUCAUGGCGGCUGGUCUGUAUGAGUACCUAUACUGCCCUGACCCUGAGAUGAAGAAGAGGCUGAAGCAGGUCUUUCAGAAGGACCCAUCAGUGAAAUACAGGGAAGUGGAGACAGAGGACAUUGCCAUCAAGCCAGGAUUUAUCCAUGCCAUCAAUCUGGUGAAAGCUGAGAAAAAGGAUACUUUCCAGGACCCAACGGGAGAGGUGCUGUCUUCAGUAUGACUAUUACAUGCACUGGAAAAAGAGACCAAUCUGUAGAGCAGAAUGACGAGUAUCCAUCUUGAGCAUACCCCGCUCCGAAGCAGUAUGUGAUUUCUGUCCACGAGCCUUCACAGCAAGACUGAAUUACUUUAAUUGUAAUAAAGCUAAUAUGAUGUUAUGGAUCAAUACCACGCACAUCUACAACCUGUUCAAUACUCCUCCUGAGGCUCUCCCUGAACAGUUUUGUAGCAGUGUUGGCAUGUGGUGCACAUUGCACACUGCAGAAUGACAGUCUGCAAUACAUUGUGUUAGGGAAAUAUAUGUAGGGUCAACCAAUUAUGUGGGGUCAUCACGCUGAUUUGAAGAAAUGAAGAAGAAAACGCAGGCUUGUUAUUUUUGGAUUAGUGUCACAUUUGGUCCGUGUACUGUAUAUAUAAUAACAGGAGAGAUUUUCCUUGUAAUCAUUAAGCACAUUACAGGUCCCAAGCACUGUAAGGCAGCUCUGACAAGCUUUAUUACCAGAGUUGUUUUACAGUGCUUUCUAUUUUCAGUGCAUUAGUCAGGGAAACAACCAGUUCAUGCUUAUGGAAACACUAUUUCUGUUUAUUUUAUUCUGUCUGUUUAUUUUCUAUUUCGUAAAAAUUGUGAUACUUGGUUGUUUUUAAUUCAUAGAUCUACAUUUGGUUCUUGUAGCACAAUGUGUUAUUUCUCUAUGAUUUGCUGUAUGUCAUACUUGUUUUUAACUUAUUGAUAAGAUAUUUGGCUGAUCUGAUUUUGCGUUUUGCUUGGUUCCUGUUUUAUGUUCACAAACUGGACGUGCUACAAGAUGUAAAAGAUAUUAAGUUGUAGUAAUGUUAUUUUUUUAAGUCUAAGUCAUUAUUAAUGAUUUCUUUUUGGCUUAUUAUUUUGUUUUCACACAUGUGAACAGGAUAGAUGCAGAAAGGUUUUCUUCCUCAAAAUCAUAAGAAAUCCCGUGACCAUUACCUAUAAGGCUUUUCACUUGAGUCACUUGAUUCUGUAGGAGCUGGGCACUGUGAAGGGGAAAGGUUCAGAUCAGUGAUGGAUUGGCUCAUCUACCUUUAGAUUGUGUCUCCCCAUGGCCAGAUAAAUGUCCAGGAUGUGUGUUCCUUGUGAGUUAAGUCUCUGAGAAUAGCUUCAUGUAAUCUCAUUCCAUCAGCAGAGAGCACAGGAAAUGAUACCACUUUGUGGUACGAAAUAGAGGUGAUCUGUUAUGUCUGCACUUUAUUUCCUUUUCUAAAAAAACAGGUGCAAUUCAAUCUUUUUCUGUAAUGUGGAGGAAAUGAUCAGCUCCACUGAUCCUGCUGCAUCAACUGAAGUUGUCUACAUGGUGCAACUAUAUUGCGUUUGCAAGGCUAGAAUGCCAGUAUAAUUCAGAUACUAAAUCAAAAUUGCUUUUACUCCUACAUGGACUAACUCCCCCCAUUUCACCUUCCUCCUCCAAGUGCAGCCUUUAUGCAUGACAACAGCAUCACCUAUUGGCUACAGUGUGAAUCACCUACUGUGCAAUAAUGCUCCCAUGUGUAUUUCUCCAGGGGAGGGCACCCACGAGCCUUGGAUGUACAGGUUACACUGCAAACGUGGGUAGACACAAGUCAGUUUUAUUCAUAAGUCUGAGCCACAUUUCAUCUGAAAUUGGUCCAGGCCAUUAAUUCAGAACUACACAGGAGGAUUAAGUGCUGCAUAGCAUUCUAUAACAGGAACACAGUGCUCCAACAGGAGCCUGAGCUCAUACUAAAGUACUUUUUUAACCUUGGUAUUCUUAGCAUUUUUACAAUUUUGUGAGAGGAUUCUUAUUUUCACCGAAGCUGCACUCUCAAUACUUUUAUUAAAAGGGUUGCAGACAGUUUACAGUCACAGUUAGAUUGUUAAUGAACACUGUUCUUCAAAGCCUACUGGAGUUGAACAUGAACAUCACUGAUUUUCUUAGCAGCACUAUCCUUUACCUGCAGGCAUGCAGCCCGUAUCCCUUAAGGCUUCAGUGACUCGAGGCCAGCAACCUCUCAGCUCCCUUUAAUCAUAUUUAUAGCCCAAAUAAAUGAGUACAUAAAUCUGA